AUGACGGCGGAGAAGGCGCUGCCUCUGGGCAACGGGAAGGCUGCCGAGGAGGCGCGGGAGUCUGAGGUGCUGAGCGGCGGCGGCGGGGGCGCGGGGUCCGCGCGCGACAAGCGCGACAAGGCGGUCCACGAGCGCGGCCACUGGAAUAACAAGGUGGAGUUCGUGCUGAGCGUGGCGGGGGAGAUCAUCGGGCUGGGCAACGUGUGGCGCUUCCCCUACCUGUGCUACAAGAACGGCGGAGGGGCAUUCCUGAUUCCCUAUGUGGUGUUUUUUAUAUGCUGUGGGAUUCCUGUUUUUUUCCUGGAAACAGCUCUGGGACAGUUUACGAGUGAAGGUGGCAUUACAUGUUGGAGGAAAGUGUGCCCUUUAUUUGAAGGCAUUGGUUAUGCAACGCAGGUGAUUGAGGCCCAUUUAAACGUGUACUACAUUAUCAUCCUGGCAUGGGCCAUUUUCUACCUGAGCAACUGCUUCACCACCGAGCUCCCCUGGGCCACCUGUGGCCACGAGUGGAACACAGAGAACUGCGUGGAGUUCCAGAAACUGAACGUGACCAACCACAGCCACGUGUCCUUGCAGAACGCCACCUCUCCUGUCAUGGAGUUUUGGGAGCGCCGGGUCCUGGCCAUCUCAAAUGGGAUCGAGCACAUUGGGGACCUUCGCUGGGAGCUGGCCUUGUGUCUGCUGGCAGCCUGGACCAUCUGUUACUUCUGCAUCUGGAAGGGGACCAAGUCCACGGGAAAGGUGGUGUAUGUCACUGCGACGUUCCCCUAUGUCAUGCUGCUGAUCCUCCUGAUCCGAGGGGUCACGUUGCCCGGGGCCUCCGAAGGCGUCAAGUUCUACCUGUACCCCGACCUCUCCCGGCUCUCCGACCCACAGGUCUGGGUAGAUGCUGGGACGCAAAUCUUCUUCUCCUAUGCCAUCUGCCUGGGUUGUCUGACCGCUCUGGGAAGUUAUAACAAUUAUAACAACAACUGCUACAGGGACUGCAUCAUGCUCUGUUGCUUGAACAGCGGCACCAGCUUCGUGGCCGGGUUUGCCAUCUUCUCAGUCCUGGGCUUCAUGGCAUAUGAGCAGGGGGUGCCCAUCGCCGAGGUGGCAGAGUCAGGCCCUGGCCUGGCCUUUAUCGCCUACCCAAAGGCCGUCACCAUGAUGCCCCUCUCCCCACUCUGGGCCGCCUUGUUCUUCAUGAUGCUCAUCUUUCUGGGCCUGGACAGCCAGUUCGUAUGCGUGGAGAGCCUGGUGACCGCCGUGGUAGACAUGUACCCCAAGGUCUUCCGGAGGGGCUAUCGGCGGGAGCUGCUCAUCCUGGCCCUGUCGGCCACCUCCUACUUUCUGGGUCUUGUGAUGUUAACAGAGGGCGGUAUGUACAUCUUCCAGCUCUUUGACUCCUACGCCGCCAGCGGAAUGUGCCUUCUCUUCGUGGCUAUCUUCGAGUGCAUCUGCAUCGGCUGGGUAUACGGAAGCAACCGCUUCUAUGAUAACAUCGAAGACAUGAUUGGCUACCGGCCGUUGUCACUCAUUAAAUGGUGCUGGAAGGUCGUGACCCCCGGGAUCUGUGCGGGCAUCUUCAUUUUCUUCCUGGUCAAAUACAAGCCCCUCAAGUACAACAACGUGUACACCUACCCCGCCUGGGGCUAUGGCAUCGGCUGGCUCAUGGCCCUGUCCUCCAUGCUCUGCAUCCCGGUCUGGGUCUGCAUCAAGGUGUGGAAGACGGAAGGGACGCUGCCAGAGAGAUUCCGCAAGUUGAUGAUCCCCAGCGCCGACCUGAAAAUGCGGGGCACGCUUGGGACAGGCCCACGGACGGUGGCGGUUAAUGACUGUGACGCCAAACUCAAGGGCGAUGGGGCCGUUGCGGCCAUUACAGAGAAGGAGACGCACUUCUGA